ACCGUGCUGCACAUCCUGACCCUCCAGCCCAACAAGACCUUCGCCUGCCAGAUGUACAACCUGCUGCUGUCCUACGACGGGCGUGAGGGCGACCCCCUGCAGUCUCUGGACCUCGUGCCCAACCACCAGGGCCUCACCCCCUUCAAGCUGGCCGGGGUGGAGGGCAACACCGUGAUGUUCCAGCACCUGAUGCAGCGGCGGAAGCACAUCCAGUGGACCUACGGGCCGCUGACCUCCACCCUCUACGACCUCACCGAGAUCGACUCCUGGGGCGAGGAGAAGUCCUUGCUGGAGCUUGUGGUCUCCUCCAGGAAGCGGGAGGAAGCCUAUGUGACCUUCCAGGAUAACAUCAGACUGGUAGGGGAGCUGGUGACCGUCUUUGGGGCCGUGACCAUCUUGCUUGUGGAGAUCCCGGACAUCUUCAGGGUUGGGGCCACUCGCUAUUUUGGGCAGACCAUCCUUGGGGGGCCGUUCCAUGUCAUCAUCAUCACCUACGCCUGCCUGGUGCUGGUCACCAUGGUCAUGCGGCUCACCAGUGUCAAUGGAGAGGUGGUGCCCAUGUCCUUUGCCCUGGUGCUGGGCUGGUGCAGUGUCAUGUUCUUUGCCCGCGGAUUCCAGAUGCUGGGCCCCUUCACCAUCAUGAUCCAGAAGAUGAUCUUUGGAGACCUGAUGAGGUUCUGCUGGCUCAUGGCUGUGGUCAUCUUGGGCUUCGCCUCAGCAUUCUACAUCAUCUUCCAGACAGAGGACCCAAACAACCUGGGGCAUUUCUACGACUACCCCAUGUCUUUGUUCAGCACCUUCGAGCUCUUCCUCACCGUUAUUGAUGGGCCUGCCAACUAUGACGUGGACCUGCCCUUCAUGUUCAGUGUGGUCUACUGUGCCUUCACCGUCAUUGCGACGCUGCUCAUGCUUAACCUGUUCAUCGCCAUGAUGGGUGACACCCACUGGCGGGUGGCCCACGAGAGGGAUGAGCUCUGGAGAGCCCAGGUCGUGGCCACCACGGUGAUGCUGGAGCGGAAGCUGCCGCCCUGCCUGUGGCCUCGCUCUGGCAUCUGUGGCCGCGAGUACGGGCUGGGGGACCGCUGGUACCUGCGGGUGGAGACCCACCAUGAUCAGAAGCCUCUUCGAGUGCUUCGCUACGUGGAAGCCUUCAAGUGCCCCGACAAAGAGGAUGGACAAGAGCGGCUUUCAGAGGAAUCGCCCUCUGUGACUGAGAAUGGGACUCUGGCCAGAGGCUCACUGGCCCUGCCCACGCCUUCCCUGUCCCGGACCACCUCCCACAGCAGCAGUCACCGUGGCUGGGAGAUCCUUCGUCGCAACACCCUGGGACACGUGAACCUGGGGCUAGAACUUGGUGAGAGGGUCGGAGAGGAUAAAGUCUACCAUAUAUGA